AUGAGAAAACGAUAAAGAUAACGACGAAAGAAAGAAAAUUGAAGCGCUCCCCUAAUGGCGUUGGCGCGAAAAUCGUCUUCUGUGCGGGAAGAAUUGAAAAUCUAAUCUCAGCCAUCUCUUCUUCUUCUUCUUCUUCUUCUUCUUCUCCUUCUCUCAGAACUGCGUCGGAGUGUGAAAAUGGAAGGUACCGAUAGCGAGGCCGUCUUCGAUUCCCUGAAUCUAAACCCGCAGCUUUUCAUCAACGAAGUGUUCAACACCGUCGACGAUUUGGUCGACGAAGCUUUCAAUUAUUACCUCGAACAAGCUUCGUCCACCCUGAGAACUGACGGUACAGAUAGAGCCGAGGAUCUGUCCAAGGGUGUUGCUCUAAUCCGGAAAAUGAUUCAAUCGGUUUUGGAUAAGCGGCUGGUUAUGUGGGAGGAGUACUGUUUUAAUCACUGUUUUGAAGUUCCUGAGGGGUUUUCUCUGCCCAAAAGCGAAGUAGACUGCAAAAGCACCAUUGCCAUUGUGUACGAGCCACUAAGAAGUGAGGAUGAACCACCCAGCAACAGUUCAGUAUUGCAAGAUGCACUCUAUGAUCCAAAUCUAGAUGCUCAGCUGGAUUCCUUAAGGAACAAGCUUACCACGGUUGGUAAGGAAUCUGCUGUGCUGAACCGAGAGCUCCGAGCAUUGGAGAAGCAGUCUGUUGCUAGUGGCAAUUUUGCUGCACUUAUCAAUGAGACAUUGCAAUCAUACAAGGAUAACUCUUUUGAUCAAAUGUUUCACGAGAUGACAAGAAUUGCAUCUGAACUGAAAAUAAAAAUGGGAAAGCUGCAGACAAAAACAAUGGAAGAAACCCGACAAAGAAAAACAGAGCGGCUUCAUGCACUGAAUAGAGAUUCGUUCAGAUUGGAUUUUAGUAACGGCAUUGCUGACGUGAAGCUGGAAGACCUUCAAGGAUUUUUGGCGAAGAUGAAAAAUGUGUGAAUUUGACGUUUCAUUUUAGUAUGUAUUGCAGUACAGCAGUUAUGCUCCUGACUGGUUAGUGCUCAAGUCUUCUUUCUUGUUCCUCAUUUAAAAAGCUUCCUGACUGGUCGUUAGUUAGUAAAUCCUCGUGACUUUGUUUUUUUUAGCAAACAAAAAGGCCCUGUUGUUGUACGUAAUUGUGAUUUUUUUUUUUUUUGGAACGAUUGUUAAGUGUGUCGUUUGAAUUUUAAAGUAAUGGCUUGGAACGUUAAAAGUAAUCGCUAAUAAUGGCCCUGUUUGGCUCAUCAGA